AUGACCGUGACUCCUACGAACCUCCCUGGGACAGCCAUCACUUCGACAACCGCUACCACUGUCAAGAAUACGUUUAAAUUGCAAGCGGUGGAGGAGCAGACGACCGACCUGCUUGCAACGAUCCGCCACAUCCUCGACGACGUAUGUGAAGCUCAACGACUCCGCCAGCUCAAAGGGCCGAGGCUGGAUGCUGGGGAGCGCAGGUGGAUGGACCGCAUCAUCGCCGAAACGAGUGCCACCGCGCGUGAAGUCGCUCUUCUGCUCGAGCCCAGUCGUGUCGACCGCGAGACACUGCAAGGGAAAAUCCGUCUCCGUACCCGUCUUCUUUGGGUGCUCAGGGACUCACACAAGCUAUCUGACAAGUAUGCCCGCCUCAUGGUUUGCCAUCAAAGCCUUAUGUCUGCCAUCACCACCCUUCAUGGCCGCGCCGGCCCCAGUCCCCCUGUGUCGCCUGUUCCUGUUGCUGCCAGCACGACGGACGACCUACUCCCGCUGUCACCACUAGAACGUUCGUCUAGCUGGGCGGUGGAAGUACAGAGCAACAUGGGGAUUGUCUCCCCGCUCGGCAGUGAUCUGAAUGAAAUGCUGGUUUGGAGACGGAGUAAACAUAGUACUGGUGGUGCAGCGGAUAGAGGCUCUCCGGCCAUUAGUGCUUUGGCUGAAUUGCCGAGUUCUGGCGAUAUCACACGGUAA